AUGUUCAUCAACCGUUGAUUCUUCUCAACUAAUCACAAAGAUAUUGGAACACUUUACCUUCUAUUUGGCGCUUGAGCUGGAAUAGUAGGAACUGCACUUAGUCUACUAAUCCGUGCUGAGCUAGGUCAACCUGGAGCUCUAUUGGGUGACGACCAAAUUUACAAUGUUAUUGUUACUGCUCAUGCAUUCGUUAUAAUUUUCUUUAUAGUUAUACCAAUUAUAAUUGGUGGAUUUGGAAACUGAUUAGUACCCCUAAUAAUUGGAGCUCCUGAUAUAGCAUUCCCACGAAUAAAUAAUAUAAGCUUCUGACUUCUUCCCCCUUCUUUUCUCCUCUUACUCGCUUCUUCUAUGGUUGAGGCAGGAGCAGGAACUGGCUGAACCGUUUAUCCUCCAUUAGCUGGAAAUCUUGCCCAUGCAGGAGCUUCAGUAGACCUAACCAUCUUCUCCCUUCACUUAGCAGGAGUUUCAUCCAUCCUAGGAGCAAUUAACUUUAUUACAACAAUUAUUAACAUAAAACCACCUGCCAUAUCUCAAUAUCAAACUCCUUUAUUUGUAUGAUCCGUGUUAAUUACAGCAGUACUUCUACUCUUGUCCCUUCCGGUUCUUGCGGCAGGAAUCACUAUAUUACUUACAGAUCGUAAUCUUAAUACCACAUUUUUUGACCCUGCUGGAGGUGGAGAUCCUAUCCUCUAUCAACAUCUAUUUUGAUUCUUUGGACACCCUGAAGUCUAUAUUCUUAUCCUUCCAGGAUUUGGUAUAAUUUCUCAUAUCGUAACAUAUUACUCAGGAAAAAAAGAACCAUUCGGUUAUAUAGGAAUAGUAUGAGCUAUAAUAUCUAUUGGUUUCCUUGGAUUUAUUGUAUGAGCCCAUCACAUAUUUACCGUUGGAAUAGAUGUAGAUACUCGAGCUUAUUUUACAUCCGCAACUAUAAUUAUUGCUAUUCCUACAGGAGUAAAAGUUUUUAGCUGAUUAGCGACCCUGCACGGAGGAAAUAUUAAAUGAUCACCUGCAAUACUAUGAGCACUCGGCUUUAUUUUCUUAUUCACUGUAGGAGGCCUAACAGGUAUUGUCUUAGCCAACUCCUCAUUAGAUAUUGUCCUACACGAUACAUAUUAUGUAGUAGCCCACUUUCACUAUGUAUUAUCAAUGGGAGCUGUAUUUGCCAUUAUGGGAGGAUUCGUUCACUGAUUCCCUCUUUUUUCUGGUUACACACUAAAUGAUAUAUGAGCUAAAAUUCAUUUUACUGUAAUAUUUGUUGGAGUAAAUUUAACUUUCUUUCCUCAACAUUUCCUAGGGUUAUCAGGUAUACCACGUCGAUAUUCUGAUUACCCAGAUGCUUACACAGCAUGAAAUACUGUAUCCUCAAUAGGUUCCUUUAUUUCUCUCACAGCUGUUAUAAUCAUAAUUUUUAUAAUUUGAGAAGCAUUUGCAUCAAAACGAGAAGUCCUCACCGUAGAACUAACGCCAACUAACCUAGAAUGACUGCAUGGGUGCCCUCCACCCUAUCACACAUUUGAAGAACCUACUUACAUUAAAGCUUAA